AUGUCAUUUACUCCGUCCCUAGCCAUAGAUGAAGCAGCAAGCUAUCUAUCAUCUUCACCAUCCCUCUCAAAGGUUUCUACCACCAUCAAACUCGAGAUCUAUGGUCUAUUCAAAUAUCUCAAGGUGGCCCCGAAGCCGCAGGGCUCACGACCAUCGAUCUUUGACAUGACAGGACGCGCCAAGUGGGAUGCGUGGAAAGCGGCGAGCGAGAUGUAUGAGAACAAGAGCCACGCCGCGGAACAGAGGUAUCGUGCAAUCGCUCAGGAACUGGGAUGGAGACCAGGUCCUACUCCCACCGCUCUGGGCGAGGCGCCCGAGAAGCGAUCGGAGGAUGAAGGCGCGGAUGCAGGCGUGUGGGAUGACUCUGCUGGCUCGGAGUCGUCCAAGUCCUCAGGUGGUGGAGGCGGUGGCGGCGGCAUGGGAACAUCCGUUAGCUCAAUGGUCGACCCAGGCCUGGCUUUGGGUGAGGCUCAGACGUUGCAUGGAUUAGCUAUCGCAGGAGAUUCAGAGAAAUUGAUGGCGUUCUUGCUUGCGAAUCCAGCGGCAGAUGUAAACGCACGCGAUGAAUUUGGUUACACCGCCCUUCAUUUGGCUUGUGACAGAGGUAAGCUUGCCUCUCGUCCAGGUUUUACUGAGCAAGGGAGGGAAUCCUCUGAUCCCGACGAUUAUACCGCAGCGGAGCUAGCUCAGGUAGCUGGACAUGAAGAUAUAUACGACCUCCUGAAUAGAUAG